GAGGCGGCAGCGGCGGCCUGUGUGUGGCUCGGAACAGCAUGGAGGCGUGCUCCAGUCGUGGUGGUGACGUAAGAUGAGGGGCCCGCGCCUGCAGCGCAGCUACAGCGGCGACGUGGCCCCGCCGUCCACGGCGCCUACCUGCUCCAGCGGCUGGGCCGUCGCCGCGGGAGCCUUCGUCAUACAGCUGACGGUGAACCUGUCGGUGGCGUCGUACGGCGUGCUGGCGCUCCACCUGCUGCUGGACGGGCGCGCCGCGCCGUGGCAGGCCGCCGCCACGCCGCUGCUCUACGUCUUCUCCAGCACCUUCACCGAAGCAUGGUGCCGCACGUUGAGACCGCGGCGGUGGCUGGCAGCGGUGGGCGUCGCGGCGGUGGCUUUGGGAACGACCAUCGCGUACCUGCCCUGCGGAGACCUCUUCGGCAUCGGGAUCUUCGCAGGCGCGGGCGUGGCGGUGGCGAGCUGCCAGGGCGCGGCGGCGCUGCAGUCGCACGUGGGCGGCCCGUCGCAGCUGUCGUCCGCGGCGCUGUCUGCGGCGCGCGCGCUGGGCCAGUUCUCGGGCCCCCUGCUGCUGCAGGCGCUGCUGCGGCGGCUGGGCCACGCGGGCGCGCAGCUGCUGCUCGCCGGCCUCUCGCUGCACGCGCUCGUGGGCGCCGCGCUGCUGCGCAGGCCCGGCCGCGCCGCCGGCAGGGGCCGCGCCUACACGCUCUUCGGCGACGUCGAGCUCGCCGACCUCUCGCCCUCGCCGGUCACCGCGUGGAACGGGUAA